AUGCCGACCCCCGACCCGCGAGACCCGCUCAACCUCCCAGUCUGGCGCAAGUGGGCCGCCGUCACCAGCCUCUCCUUCUUCGGCGCCCUCGCCCUGGCCUCCGAGUUCAUCAUCGGCGCCCUGGUCCCCGUCUUCGUGCUCGAGUACGACGGCAUCGACCCCAGGAUCCUCGGGUCUCCUGACCUCGGCGCCCUCGCCGGCGUCGGCGGCGCCGUCAACCUCAACCCCUUCAGCGUGCUGGCCGGGCUCGGCGGCCCGCCCGUGUGGCAGGUCGCCCUGCUGAGCUCGCUCCCUCUGCUCAUGAACGGCGUCGCCUCGUACGUCCUCGUGCCGCUGUCCAUUGCCGUCGGGCGCCGGCCCGUCCUGCUGGCUGUGGGCGUCAUGGCCUGGGCUGGUGGGCUGUGGGCCGGCGCCUCGCGGAGCCUGCCGAGCCAUCUCGCCGCGAGGGCGUUCCAGGGCUUGGGGGCUGGGGCGGUGGAGGCGCUGAUCCCUCUGGUCGUGCAGGAUAUGAUGUUUAUUCAUCAGCGGAACAGGGCCAUCUCACUGAUUGGUGCAGCUCAGGGAGUGUUCAUCGUGAGCCUGGGCAUCGCGAGCCCCAUCAUUGUGGUUCGUCUGAACUGGAGGUAUAUUUAUUGGAUCACGGCGGGUCUGGGCGUCCUGGCUUGGUUCUUUCUUCUUGCCUUCGUUCCCGAGUCUCGCUUUAUUCGAUCGGAUGCCGAGCUUGCCGGCAGACCAGUGUACGCCCUGUACCCAGGAGAGACCCGACCGCGCCUCGACCCGAGCAGCUACGGCCCGCGCGACAAGAAGAGCAACUUUGGCAUCUUGAAUGUAAACCCCGAGUGGCGACGCGCCCGCCGCGCCGUCUGGGAGACCAUCAAGACGUCCGUGAUCCCCAACAUCCUGUGGGUGAUGCUCACCAACUCGGCCCUCGUCUCAAUCCAGGGCGCCGCCGGACAGGUCGGCUCCGCGGUGCUGCUCGCGGCUGGGUGGCAAUUUGAGCAUCUCGGCCUGGCUGUCAUCCCCGUUGUGGUCGCCAGCCCCUUUGUCUGGUUCUUUGGCGGGUAUCUCGCCGACAGGGUGUCCAACUGGCAUGCAAAGAAGGCUGGCGGGCGGAGGGAGCCCGAGGCGCAUCUGGUCAGUCUCGUGCUGCCGCUGCUGUGCGGCAUCGCGGGGACGGUGCUGUUCGGGUAUGCAGCCGACAACGUCAGCACGGUGCCGAUUAUCGUGUUUCUCAUCAGUAUCUUCCUCAUUGGGUUCGCGUUCCUGACCGCCAAUGCGCUGUUGUCGGUGUAUCUCGUCGAGAGCUAUCCCGGAUAUGCUGGUCCCGUCCUUAUUAACAUCUCGUCCUUCCGCCUCAUCAUCGGCUUCGCCCUCUCCUUCGACGCCACAACCUGGGUCGAGCAGCUCGGCUUCAUGAAGAGCUUCUGCAUCUAUGCCGCCGCCCUGGGCAUCGUCACGCUCGGCCUCCCUCUUGUCUAUUUCUAUGGCAAGAAGAUCCGCGCCUUUACGGCGGGGAAACAAUGCUGCGGCACCAUGACGGUCGACUCAUAA